AUGUUUUUGGUGAACCUUGCACGAACCAAUUUGGAUACGUUUGUACCGACUCAGACAGCGCUCUUUCCAAAUGGCCAUUACGUCCAGGCUGCUCCUGGUGCAAUACUGGCCAUCCUCAUCUUCAUCGGGACCGCCAUCCUGCUUUACAUUCGUGUUCAUCAGAGACUAGGUCCCUAUCUUUUCGCCACCCUCUUCUCGUGCAUAUGUGUAAUAACCAACUUGACCACGGCCGUCCUAGUUCCUUACUCUUACUACGUUCUCGGUCGAGCCAUCUUUAUCCCUUUGGAAUUUCACUCCAUUAUAUCCACCUUGGCAUCUAUCGUCCUCUUCCCGGAAACCCUGUCAAGCAAAGCAACCAAGUGGGUUGCUGCAGUUUUCGCCCCCCUUGCAAAAAGCUGCCUCGAUCCAUUUGAUAUUGCUGCAGUCAACGCAGACAACGCCAGGAAUCAAGCAGCGCUAGGUCCUCUAGCACAAGCUGCACCAUUGCUACCGUCUGAGGUAGCAUAUGCCCGGUAUAUCCCGAGAGACUGGCGACCGCUGCAGGAUCUUGCAAGGCGUGUCGCUGUUCCCGCGAACGGGAUGUUGAUUGACUUUACUCUUGUCGAUCCUACUCGCGAACGUUUUCCCGUCACACCUGCAAGAACGAGCCAUAGUACUCCAGUUGAAAGACAUAGCGAGCCACCACACCAUCAUCAUCUCAGUAAUAUUCUUCAUCGGGCGCAUUUACAUAACAGUAGCCGUUUCCAUCACCGAGCCUCGUCAUCGUAUGGAAAUCGGCCUACCUCACAUGCUCCUGUCAGUGUCUCUGAGAGUCAGAUAUUUCUGGAUCUAGAAGGAUCUUCCACCCCGCUUCUCGAGCAGUGUCAAUCCGCCACCCGCGGGGAAUCAUCUCCUAUACUCAGCACUGCUACUCAAACCGAGCGUCGAGAGAAAGCUAAACAGUCCUGUCGUACCACCUUAUGCGAUUUGCGAAUAUGCCAGGAGAACUCUUCGAUCCCGUUAUCUGCUUGGAAACCCGACCUGAACGUCGCCAUCAGCGUAUUUGGACGCCAAAGUUUCAUAGUCUUACAAGUGUCACUGUAUUCUUGGAAUGGAUCAAGAGUGUCUGGACGGACAACGAUAAACGUAGGUCGCAGUGCGAGUGCUGGUGCAGCAGGAGAAGAAGGGGAAGAAGAGGAUCCAGACCGGGUUCAGCACGUCAAUUGUGAUAGGGGGAGUGAUAUUGAAUUUGAUGAACUUUCGGGUGAAACGAGAGUUGGGAAUCGCGUCCUGAACGACGAAGAUGAUAAUAUGUUUGGGGAGUUCAUGGACAGAUGGAUCUACAACCGCGUCGUGGGCUUGACGACUGGGAACGCGCUGUAUGUCAUGAAAGCGGGAGUCCUCACGAGUGAGCGGUGGUUUGAUCCCUCUUUCGAUACUGAAGGAUUUAAUGAGCAGCUCUUAUGUGCAUCCCGUUCUUCAUCCCUGGAUCAGCGCAAUUUGCUUACGACAAUCGGUUCCUUGGGGGAAUGUAAGGCUCAAGCUGGGAAGAUUGAAAAGGGGCCAGGUGAACGUCAAACGGAGAUUUCCUUGAGAGCAAAAUGGCCCGAGGAGCGAUAUCAUACACUGUUCAAUUUGCAGAUGCAAAUCUCGUACUCGCUCUCUCACCUUCUUUCCGUCAUUGAACACCUCGAGCCUGCAUGA